AUGUCGUUCUUCGGCUUUGACGCCAGCCUGCCCCGCGAUCGCGGCCACCAGCCCAAUGCCCCCGGCUUUGGUCAGCACGAUGCCUUUGCCGGCUUCAGUGGUGGGGCAGCCGACGACGACGUCAUCGACUUCGACGACACGUACCAGGGCCACGGCGGCCGGCUCGACGACACCGACGAUGCCUUUAACGACGACACUUUCGGCGGCGAUGGGCCCGUCAACCAGCAGAGCGUGGGCAAGGACUUCGAUUUCGCCGGUCAGACCUCGCAGAUCGCCGGAACCAUGCAGGAGGAGCAGAUGCUCUUCCAGGCUCGCCAGGGCUUCGCCAGGCCUGCUCAGCAGCAGCAGCAGCAACAGCAGCAACAGCAACAUCAGCAGCAAUAUCAGCAACACCAGCCCUAUCCUCAGGCCUCAAAGCCCUCCAGGACUGGCUAUGAGAGCUACAAGGAUCCCGACUACAUCCCCCAGCUGGAGGCACGCGCUGAUAUCUGGGGCUUGAAGCCAAAGCAGUCUGCGCCCCAGCGUCAGCACCAGCCUGAGCACCAGCCGUCGCCCGCCCAGUACGCCAACAGCCCCGCUCAGUACUCCAGCAGCCCCGCCCAGCUGUCCGCCGCCUCGCGGAAGAUCAUGAGUUUGGAUGAGGUCGAGGCCAUGCUGCGCAACCAGGGCAUCAGCAACGACGCUCGAGCCACACCCCCAGUCCAGCCGCCUCCAGGUAUGGGUGGUUACCCUCAGCAACACCAGCAGCAGUUCUUCCAAGGUCAGCCACCGUUUCCCGGUAUGCAGGGAAUGCCGCCAGGUAUGCCGCCCGGUUUCCCUGGUCAGCAUGCGCCGCAGAUCUUGCAGCGUCCCCAACAGCAUCAGUACCAGCAGCCACCGCCGCCACAGCAACAGCAGCAGCAGUAUCAGCAAAGGCAAGGCCCGCCGCAGCAGCAACAGCAGUUCCACGCCGAAUUGCCCGGCCAAUCAGCACAGACGCCAACGCCUCAACAGCCUACGAUCCUCCAGCGCCAGAAGCCUGAGCCGGCCGCACAGCAACAGAGGGAGGCCUCGCCUGCUACGCACCCGCAGGGCCCGCCCUCGCAGCCUCGACAGAUACUUCAGAACCCCAACCGCUUGUCUGGUCAGGGCCAGCCAAUGGCUCAGCCAGGUUCUGCCCCACGCCAGGUGGCUGGAAGUGCUCCAGGACAGCACAACAGGGGCCCUUCGUUCCCCAUUAUCACUCAUCCGGAACAGCUUCUCAACCUGUCUGAAGCUGACCGAGCAGCUUUCCUCGAGGAGGAUGCUAAGCGUGCAAAGCGCAACCACAAGAUCGCACAGCUGGCUAAGGACAACGGUCUGAUGACACCUCAAGACAAGAACUUCAUCACCCGCAUUCAACUGCAGCAACUCAUGACGGCGACUGGCAACCUGGACGAGAGAGGCCCCGAGGCAGCCAUUGCCGAGGACUUUUACUACCAGGUCUUUAGUCAGAUUCGUGGUGCCCCUCGCCAGAACCCUCAGCAACCGGCAAACCAGUUUGCGCAGACUUAUCUUUUCCAGACCAACAACAGAUUUGGCAACCGCAGGCACGGCCGAGGUGGUGACAACCACAUGCAGCGCAUGGAACAGCAGAUCCAGCGCGCGGUCGAGGCAGCGAAGGCUAGGCCAAAGGCUAAGCAACUUGUCGUUGAAGGUAGUCUGGGUAAGAUUGCUUUCAGCAACUCCAAGACACCGCGACCCCUUCUCAACAUCAAACGGCCGGAGACAGGCGAUAAGCCCAAGCCCAAGACUUCUAUUGCCGAUCGCAAGGAUGCGCUGCGCAACAUCGAGAGUGUCUACUUGACUUUGAUGCACAUGGAGGAUCACGAGCGAACCAUGCCGCCGCCUAUCAACGAGACCAGCAAUCCCGAGGCCAUCCAAGCACACAUGGAGUGGCGUUCCAAGAUCGAGAUGCUGCAUCAGAAGCUGUGGCAGGCGACCAAGAUCAUGGAGCCUAUCAACCCCCACGCGCACGCACAGCACCCCUUCAUUCAGAUCCUGUCCCAUGCUAAGGGCAAGAAGGUUAUUCCUCGUCUCUUCCGUCACAUUGACGAGCAGGAGCGCAUCACGGUCGUUACCAUGAUUGUUGUUCAUCUCGACGGUCUGAAUGUCGUCGGGCAUGCCAUCGCCACACCGGAUGAGCCGUUGACCCCUGCUAUUCGGGAAGAGGUCGAGCUGUUCUCACACACCGUGAUGCCACCGCUAUUUGCGCACAUCUCUGAGUCGCCUCUUAACAUUAUCAUCGGUCUCCUCGGGCUUAUUCUGGACCGCACCAAUCUUCAUGUCGUUGCACGCACAAAGAUUGGCCUCUCUCUUCUGACGAUCUUGAUCUCUCGUGCGGAGCUUCUGAAGCAGUCGGCUCCCGAGAUUGACGCUGGCGACUGGGACCAGUGGACAAUACUUUACAACCGCCUCUUUGAUACCAUCGAGCCUGUGCUGCCUUACCUGUUCCCUGGCUCUAUUAACGACACGGACGACAUGUACAUCUGGCAGUUCUUGGCUGCCAUGGGUGUCGGUGCCAGCCCUGAGCAACAGCAGAGGUUGGUCAUUGGCGUCAAAGACCGCGUCAUGGAGACCGUCUCCGUCAGCAAGGCUCUCCCUGCCGAGAUGGCCGGAGCUCGCUUGAGUAACGUGAACUUGUUCAUGAGGGCCAUCGGUCUCGAUGUUGAGCUGCUUGGAUAG